AUGUCCAGUGAUGGGGCUGGGGGGACGGUGGAGGCGGCCAUCUGGGAGAAGUUGCAGCAGGUGCUGAAGCCUGAGGUCCUGGAGCUGUGGAACGAGAGCGGUGCCCACGAGGGACCCCCGGGCCGCAAGAUUCACUUCUGCAUGGCGGUGGUCACCCGCAGUUCGAGGGGCUGAGCCCACCUGCAGCAGCACCGCCUGGUCCACGCUGCACUGGCUGACGAGCUGGACGGGCUCAUCCACGCACUGGCCAUCCAGGCCUGGACCCCCGACCAAUGGAGGGCCACUCCGCCCUCGGAUAAAGCCCCUAAUGCCUGGGGUGGUUGGGGGGGGGGGAAGCAGACUUCUUCUGGGUGCACCUCAUAA